AUGCGCAACCGCAACGCCCUUGCGCCUCCCACGCCACAGGAACAGGACUCGGACCCUGCCGCUGAGCGCGCUGGGCGCGAAUACUACGGAUUAAGUCAGUGGAAGCCUACGUCAAGUGGCUGUAACGAGCAGCCUGUGAAUGGGUGCCAGUGGGAGAGUGAGGCCAGUUCACAGGCAGAGCCUCGCCUCAAUAGUCACAACAGCGCUAAGGGGAAGGGGGAUCGAGGGUCCCAGACUUACCAGCAGAAACCUAACAUCAUUGGAGAUCGAUUUCGCUCACUUGGGUAUACAGAGAAAUACAGCACUAGGAAGCACGUCCCUGUCACAAAAGCCAACGCAGCCGAGCAAGAGGUAGAGAGUGAUCUGAUCGACACCGAACAAUCAGCUGCUACCAAGGACGAGUACGAGUACCCAGAGGUGGUUCGCAAGGCCUUCGGAGACCGGUACCUCGACCUCCCACACGUCACUGGCGAAGUCAAGGUCACCGGUUUCACUGCGCAGGACUGGAAGAAUUUGCAGGGGUGGAUCGAGGCGCACGACGACCUCAAUAAAUUUGAGUUCGAGUAUGAUCAGGAGAAGCAGGAAUUGACUACGAUGACAGCCAGUUACCUGCACGAUCUUCUCGGCACGAUGCAAAGGCGUCACAUCAACAUGAGAUGGUACACCUUCUUCACUUCACCAGAGUGGGUACAACUCGCGCUCAAUAUCUCGAAUGACCCUGCGGACUACGCGUCCAUACGAGGAAAAGGUGGCUCGAAGAAGAUUGCCGAUCUGGUCGAGGCUAUCGCAGUUGGGCGUGACCUACUCAUCACUUCGCUGAACGAGACCGCACAGUCGCAAUCCCUGUAUAAUGAAUACAAUACGGAUGGGAAGCUAUCGAAGGUCAAUAUACCUAAGCUCCUGGAAAUGGCGGAACGACUCGUUGGUGAAGACGUGGACGACGCGGAGCUCGUCGCCUUAACGUGCUUCAACAUCGAGGAGCUAAUACCUAACGGCACCGAUAAGACAAAAUGGUCGGCGCCUCCAAGAAAGAGUUAUACUGCCAGUGCCCUCGCCUUUCAAGCAGCCAUGUACGAUGCUCUGUCUGCGAGUAACGCAGGUUUGAUUCGUGGUGCGGGUCCUCUGGUGGCCGAACACAGCGCCGUGUUCUUCGGCGCUGCGCGCGUAUUCUGGAUCUACAUACCGAUAUCUGCACUCAACACGCUCAGGAAGGCGGUUAAGGAAAGAUGGUCCAUGGAAAAAUGGAUCGCUAGUGGCUUCGCUAUCCCGGUGCUCGAGUCGUACGACGACAACCAGCAGACCCAGGUCAAACACUUCCUUGGCAACGUUCAGGAGGGGUAUAAGCAGAUGCUGCGGAUGCUGGCUGAGGUCUUGAUGACGAAUCCGCCGCAUCAGAACAUCCUGGGGAAAGCACUCGCUCAAGUCCAAGAUGACAAACAACGCAGCGCCCAGUACGAACAACUGACUAAAUAUUGCGAACACCUUCUCCACCCUCCGGACGAAGCUUUGAACUUCGACGACCACAUUCCCGAUAUCAUCGCAGCGGUCAAGGAGGGUGCCCUAGGUACUGCAAUGGACCGCCUAUACGUCAACUCCGGAGCUACACAAAAAGAGCGCCGUUCUCGUCCGCGUAAGACGCCGGAAGAACUCCUAGCAGGCUUACGAUACAUUGCGGAUACAGGAGGAGUCAAGCGGAAGCCCUCUGAGGAGGACGUGCAGGCGAACAAGCGUCCCCGCGAUGGGCCGAGCACGGCCGAGCACGGCUUUCCAGAGGCGUGCGAACGGCGAGCGGGCGGCGACGUGCAGCGCGACGCACACGACGAUCGCUAUCACGUCAGGGCCAACGCCGUGCCGACGGAUGCGCGGCGGGCAGACAAGAGGACGGGCGGGCGAGCAGCAACACACACCCACCGGAUCGCAGGCAUCGGGGUAAGCAAGCGGACCGGCGGGCGGCGAGCGGGUGGAGGGUACAGGCCUACGACCGAGCAGCGGGCUAUGAGUGGACGAACGGACAAUGAGCCGGCCGAGCGGUUGGGCGAGCGGAAGAGUGGAAGAGAGAACGGGCGGGCGGGCGAGCGGAAGAGAGAGCGGGCGGGCGAGCGGAAGGGCGAGAGGGUGCACGAAUGGGUCGGUGGGCAGCAGGGCAAGCAGAUGAGUAUGAGGAUCUGGCCGUCUGAAACGGUGCGGCCGGCGCCGGCCGGAGGGGUCCGGGUCAACGUUGCAGACGUUGUCGUUGCCAGCACGUUGCCAGCGGUCUGGCCGGAGUGCAUGCUGGCCGGCUCUGCCUCGUCUCCAACGUUGCGGCCGGCCUUGCCAUCCCUGAAUACUGUCCCCAACGAUCCACCCGGCCUGUUUUCACGGUACGUUGCAACGCUCCGGCCGGAGUGCAUGCCAGCCCCGCACCCCCUCCUCAAUGUUGCGGCCGGCCUGUUUUCACUGGACGUUGCAACGCUCCAGCCGGACUACACCCCGGCCGCCCCCCCACUUCUCAACGAUCCGCCCGGCCUCUUUCACCCAACGUUGCAAUGCUCCGGCCGGAGGGUAUGCCGGCCGGUCAUCCCUCGUUCCCAACGUUGCGGCCGGAGCAGGCAGAAUUCAAAGUGGCCAGGCAGUCCACACUGCAAACAGUCCGGCCGGUCAACAGAUAUAGCAUUGCAAACGAGCCGGCCAGCCUCAGGCCCUACCACUACAAAUGGUCCGGCCGGACUUUUUGCCGGCCGAAAAGACAAUGUCUCGGGCCAAGGGUACAGCCAAAACUCGGCCAAAGCAGCCAGACAUUUUGCCGGCCGAGCUUUUGCUUCACCGACCUGGCAAGCAUUGUCUCGGGCCGAAAAGUUGACAAUUUUCUCGGGCCGAAGAUUUGAGUACUGCCUCGGGCCGAAGAGUUGGGCAUUUUCUCGGGCCGAAGAUUUGGCCGAAGCUCGGUGA